AUGGCUUCCUCUCCUCUUCACUCUUCAGCUCUUCUUCCUCUUCUUUUCUCCUCUUCCUCUUCUACUCCAGGCUCCAGCCACUCUUCAGCAGCGCCGCCGUCCACCAGGAAGCAGCAGCGCCGCCGUCCGCCGUCCACCAGCAGCAGCCGCCAGCCGCCGUCCACCAGCAGCAGCCGCCACAGCAGUCAGCAGAUGGCUGAACAAACAGAAUUAAAUAUGGGUGUAGCUGAUCAAAGUCGAAUAAGUAUGGCUGAUUCUACGGAUAAUACACCUAGUAAUAGCAAUGAUCUGUCGAUUGGCACAGAAAUAACAAAAAAAAAGAAAAGAAAUGGAUCCUAG